AAUCUUGCAUAGCAAUAACGUUAAAAUAAAAUGUAGUCACAGGAUUGUACAUACUUAUUGGCAAAGGAGUGUACCUACUUAUUGGAAUAGGAUUGUACCUUCUUAUUGCCACAAUAUUUUACCUAUUUAAUGCAACAGGAUUGCCAAAAGAUUUACCUACGUAUUGUCACAGGUUUGUACCUACUUAUUGCCACUGGUAUGUACCAACUUAUUGCCACUGAUUUGUACUUACUUAUUGCCACUGGAUUUGUACCCUCUUGCUGCCACAGGGUUGUACCUACUUACUGCCACAUAAUUGUACCUUAUUCCUACCACAGCCUGACAGGAUUGAACCUACUUACUGCCUCAUGGUUGUACCUUCUUACAGCCAUAAGUGUACCUUCUAUUUGCCACAAGAUUGUACCUACUUAUUGCCACAGGAUUGCACCUACAUAUUACCACAGGUUUGUACCUACUUACUGUCACAAGUUUGUACCUUGUUAUUGCUACAAGAUAGUACCUACUUAUUUCCACAGGAUUGUACCUACUUACUGCAACAGGUUUGUACCUUCUUACUGCCACAGGAUUGUACCUAUUUACUGCCACAGGUGUGUACCUACUUACUGCCACAGGAUAGUACCUAAUUAUUGCCACAGGAUUGUACCUACGUAUGGCCACAGGAUAGUACCUAAUUAUUGCCACGGGAUUGUACCUACGUAUAGCCACAGGAUUGUACCUACGUAUAGCCACAGGAUUGUACCUACGUAUAGCCACAGGAUUGUACCUACGUAUAGCCACAGGAUUGUACCUACGUA